AUGAUAAAAUUUUACUCCAAACAAAACAGAGGCACUUACAUAAUUUUUGCAACUCCUGAACAAUAUAUCGAGUCAAACUUGAAGAAUAAUAGUAAAACGGAUGAAGAUGUUAUAUCAUUUAUUCCCUCUAAAGUCUCAAAUAAUGAUACAACCAUUCAUGAUAAUGAAACAACAAUCGCAAAGCAAAUGGCAGGCCAAGAAAACAACAAUAAAUGUUUACUUCUGUUAGCUAUUGAAAUAAUUAGAAAGGAGCUGAAGAGAUCAUUAUUAACGAAACCAGCGAUACGCCCAUUUGCUUUAAUGGCCUUGGAUGCUAGAUCAUUUAUGAAAAGUGUAUCUCCCUUUCUUCAAAAUUUUAUAUCAUUAAUUACUUUGAAUAAUGCUGAUUCUAACAAAUUCAAGGAAUCAUCACCUUAUUUCGAUUUCCAUGGCGUAUUUUUUCAAAAUUAUAGCAAAAUGUUGCAAGUAUCAUCUGUAUGUUUAGAUCUGUUAAGCUGUCGGGAUUUUUGUUAUAUCUCUUACAAAAACAUACUGUUAUCAAUGGUUGUCUGGAAACUAACGGGCUCUGAACGGCUUAUUAGCAUUUUAAACAAGUUUGGUCAUACAUCAAGUUCAGAUACUCUGAAACGGUUAGCAACGGUAGCAGCUGAACAAGAAUCAUCUGGUGAUUAUCUUCCGCAAGAUAAACGAGCUACUGUUUCUGAAUAUUUAUCCACAAAACAAUUUUUAUGUUAG